AGCCUGCGCGCUUGCUGCCUGCACGUGCUUCCGGACCGAGGGCCUUUGGAGUUGUUCCGCACACCUUCCCUCCCCAAAUCUUGAGCAACCUCAGGUUGCAUGAUGGAAUUUGAAUAUUACCUCAGGAGGUUUCAUAUUUUGGAUUAGUUAAUUGUUCUCAUUCUCCUGAUUAUUUCUUCGACUCACUUUUUGGUGUCCUCUUGAGACAUUAAGUACAAAAAAAUUAUACCAUGGACUACAAGGAAAGCUGUCCAAGUGUAAGCAUUCCCAGCUCUGAUGAACACAGAGAGAAAAAGAAAAGGUUCACUGUUUAUAAAGUUCUAGUCUCUGUGGGCAGGAGCGAGUGGUUUGUCUUCAGGAGAUAUGCAGAGUUUGACAAACUGUACAACACUUUAAAGAAACAGUUUCCUGCUAUGGCUCUGAAGAUUCCUGCCAAGAGAAUAUUUGGUGAUAAUUUUGACCCAGAUUUUAUUAAACAAAGAAGAGCAGGACUGAAUGAAUUCAUUCAGAACUUAGUUAGGUAUCCCGAACUGUACAACCAUCCAGAUGUUAGAGCAUUCCUUCAAAUGGACAGCCCAAAACAUCAGUCAGAUCCAUCUGAAGAUGAGGAUGAAAGACUAUUUUUUCACUUACAAAGAGAACGUUCCUUUCCUGAACACAGAGCGAGAUUUUAUGCUGCCGAAAUUGCCAGUGCAUUGGGUUACUUGCACUCCAUCAAAAUAGUGUACAGAGACUUGAAACCAGAAAAUAUUCUUUUGGAUUCAGUGGGACAUGUUGUCUUAACAGAUUUUGGGCUCUGUAAGGAAGGAAUUGCUAUCUCUGAUACCACUACAACAUUUUGUGGGACACCAGAGUACCUUGCACCUGAAGUAAUCAGGAAACAGCCCUAUGACAACACUGUGGAUUGGUGGUGCCUUGGUGCUGUUCUCUAUGAGAUGCUGUAUGGAUUGCCACCUUUUUACUGCCGAGAUGUUGCUGAAAUGUACGAUAAUAUUCUUCACAAGCCCCUAAAUUUGAGGCCAGGAGUGAGCCUUACAGCCUGGUCCAUUCUGGAAGAACUCUUAGAAAAAGACAGGCAAAAUCGACUUGGUGCCAAAGAAGACUUUCUGGAAAUUCAGAAUCAUCCGUUUUUUGAAUCACUCAGUUGGACUGACCUUGUACAAAAGAGGAUUCCUCCACCCUUUAAUCCUAAUGUGGCUGGACCGGAUGAUAUCAGGAACUUUGACACAGUAUUUACAGAGGAAACAGUUCCAUAUUCUGUGUGUGUGUCUUCUGACUACUCUAUUGUAAAUGCUAGUGUACUGGAGGCAGAUGAUGCAUUUGUUGGUUUCUCUUACGCACCUCCUUCAGAAGACUUAUUUUCAUGAACAAUUUGCAAUUCAGAAGCCAUCAAGCAAACACAAGCCUGCAGAUGGGACUGAAACUCCUAUUUGUGUGAAUAGAUUCAAAUAUGUAUAACAGUGCCUCAUUUUUAUAUGUAAUGUUAAAAACUAUGAAAAUGUAUUUUCUGCUGUAUGCAAGGAAAUAGGGCAUUUCAAGGAGCUAUGUUUUGAAUUAAAAUUUGUAUUCUUGUUUAUUAAGCUUAUUUUUAACAAAAUUUGAAAGCUGUUAUUCUUAGCAUUAACCUAUUUUUAAAGAAAACUUCUGCUAUUGACUGUUUCCCUCUUAAGUUUACACUAACAUUUUCAAGAUAGAUUGUUUUUAACAGUUUGUUUCAGUUCAUUUAAUAUAUAUUAAUACCUUUGUAACUCUACUAUGACUUACAUUAUUGUAUCAGAACUAUGCAAUUGGUACAUAGUUUUUGGAGAAGAAACCAUAUCAUUCCAUGAUAAAUCACUGUUUGAAAUAAAAGGUCUUGGUGUAGGAUUAAAGUACAAGAAGCAUAACACAUUGGCUGCUAGUUACAUGGAAUAACCAUUCAUCCUGCAGAUAAGUAACAAAAGGAAAUCAUUUACUUCUCAAAUACCAGUUUAAAUGAUGACACAGUCCUAUAAUCCCAGCACUAGGGGCUGAGGCAGGAGGAUUGAUUACCAAGAGUUUAAGUCUAUUCUAGGCUACAUAGUGAGUUCAGGACCAGCCUGAG